CACACCGCCAACCUCUCUCUCCUCCGCCAUGCCGCUGAGGAGCUCUCCUGUCGUAGUCGUCAUAUCCGCAGUCUCCCUUCUUCUUUGGCUCUCCCUGCUCUUCUUCUCCUUUCAUGAGGGGGGCCUGCAUCCUGUAAACUCUGGAAGCGCUAGCAACACAUUGGUUCCGAGAAAAGUGCUUCUAGAUACGGUCAAAUUUGAUGCGUCGACGUUCCAUUCCACACGGCAGAGUAUUAAUGACCACCACCACCACCACCACCACCACCACCACCACCAUCACAGCCAUCACCAUCACGGCCGGCACAGUCGUUUGCCGGCUGUUGUUAAGCCCAAGCCUAAUCCGGACGAUGGCGAUGAGAUCGAUCCACGGUACGGCGUCCAGAAGAGAUUAGUCCCGACCGGUCCGAACCCGUUGCACCACUAGAUGCUUGUUGACGGACGUUGUUCCCUUAUUGUUGAAUUCAUGUUUGCAUUGAAUUGAAGGAGGGGAAGAAGAGUGUAAACAAACAUAUUUAUGGCCGAGUUAAUUAAUUAUCUCCGAUUGACUGCAUGCAGACUCCAUAUAUUGCU